CUAAACCGCUCCACUCCUCUGGAAGUCCUCAAAAAAGCAUUUGGUUUCCCUCCUUGUCACCUCUGUUUUUCCCUUCCCCUGCACGCCUGGCUCACCAAAGACAUGACCGUGUUUGGUAACUCCGGCGCCGGAAAACAAGUCUUCCCUAUCAAUUACCAAGCCGAAGUUUCACAGCUUCUCGUUGACGCAUCGCAUCGUGAUGACUUUAAGCUAGCAUGCGAGUGUGUCUCCGAUCCUUCUGUGGACGUGAACUUCAUCGGAACGGUGAGCUUGAAGGCGAAGAGGACAGAGGUUUUACUGCGUGAUGAGUUGCCACAUGAAGUUCGCGUCGAAUAUGAGGAGUUCAAGACCGAUGUCACCUCUCUGUUCCUCGCUGCUCAUGCCGGAAAUUUAACGCUCGUCAGGAAGUUGCUGAGCGUCGGAGCCAAUGUGAAUCAGAAAUUGUUUCGGGGCUAUGCCACAACUGCAGCAGUAAGGGAAGGGCAUUUGAAUGUAUUAGAGGUGCUUGUGAAAGCUGGGUGUUGUCCCAAAAAUAGUCCAAGAGGAGGGUGA